CAUACCUGCACUUAUAUAUACGAUGAAACCAGCAUAGGAUUCCUUUGAUUAAGCAUUGAAGCGCGAUACGCUAUUGUAAUUUUAACGAUAAACGUAUUCGUUAUACUUAGUAAACAAAGCAUUUCAUCAAAUUUCUAUCUUUUUUGAUCAUUCAUUUUGUUUAUUUCUGCUCUUGAACAAAAAAACAAAUGGAGUUAUACAGUGCUUCGGAUCCUUCAGCUCAAAAAAUGAGUGGUAUGGGUGGUAUGGAUAUGGGACACUCUUCUUCACACUCUUGCAAAAUGAGCAUGCUCUGGAAUUGGCAUACCAUCGACUCAUGUUUUCUAUCAGAGUCUUGGCACGCUUAUACCGGAAACAAAUUUGCAGGCUCUCUUAUAGGCAUCAUCUUCUUUGCUAUUGCCAUUGAGGCCUUCAAGAGAAUCCAAAGAUUGUUUGACGCUUACGUUGUUCAGCAUUCGAAUGGUAAAACGCUUCAAGGGCCCAUGCGAUUGUUUUUUCCUAGUGGUACUCCUCAUGUGAAUGUGUUCCAACAGUUCAUUCGUGCUUUACUUCAAAUGUGCUAUUACGGAGCAGCUACUAUUCUCAUGCUUAUUGUCAUGUCGUUCAAUGGAUACGUAAUUUUAUUCACCUUUCUUGGCGCCUGGAUAGGAUACUUACUAUUUUCUUGGGACAAGGACAGUUAUGGUGAACAUUCAUCCGGUAUAGGUUGUUGCUAGGUUCCUAUCCGUUCAAUAAAUUGCUUACAAAAUGAGACAUAGGGUUAUACACAUAGGGCCUUCUCCAAGAUUGAGAGUUUUCAUUGAAUGAUCCGUUACUCUCCCUUUUGGCCUAGCAGCAACUUUUUGACUUCUAUGACAUAUUUAUUACCGUUGUUAUUUCUCUUCUUUUUUCUUUUUUAUCCUUUAUAAUCUGAUGAAAAAAAUUGGUUUCACUCGUUUCCAAACCAAGUCUUGCAUCUCCUAUCUUUUCUUUCUUCCUCCGUUUAAACAGGAAUGCUUUCACUGGUAUUUGACUUAUUUAAUUUGCUUCUAUUGCAAACGUUCUACUGUUGAUGAAGUCUCGAAAUUAAUACCAACCAGUCUUAUGGUCAACUAUGUAAAAAGUAUUCGUUCCUUUUUUUUUUUUUCUUCAAGGGUUUCCAAGG